GUGGUUACAGUUGGAACGGUGAGGACUACAGGUGUGUCUAACGCUGUAAUGUGGUUCAAUCGUAAAACCAGCAAAAAUCAAAAACUCUGGUCUAUUGGCGAUGGUGCACCUUUGAAUAUUUUGGAUCUGGUGUGCUGUAUAUUAUUUUUAGGACUUUGGGUUGGUGAAUAUAUCGCUGACGAGCAGCAAUGGUAUUUUCAAACGGAAAAACGAAAAGUGAUUGCCGCCAGUAGUUCUAAAACAAUACCUAUAAUACUUGAGAGAAAUUAUUCAUUAGGUUUUUUAUGUAAUGGACUAUUUCGUUAUUCUAGGCACCCAAAUUAUUUUUGUGAAAUUGGACUUUGGUGGACAUUCUAUAUUUUUUCAAUUGCUGCCGGUGGUAAAGAAUGGAUCUUCAAUUGGUCUAUAAUUGGUGUCAUUAAUUUGACAAUUUUAAUGUAUGCAUCCACCAUUUUUACCGAGAGUAUCUCGAGGAAGAAAUAUCCAAUGUAUAAAGAAUAUCAGAAAACUACUAGUAUGUUAAUUCCAUGGUUUUCAGGUCCUGAUCUCAUAAGGAAAACGACAUAA